AUGCGUUCCCUUUUCGACUCGGCUCCACCGAACACCGUUCAGCGUUUGUGUAAUCUCGUCAAACAGGAAACAAUCAUUAAUGAGGCGAAUGACGAUCCAAAAUGGGCUGAGAAAACGGUGAAAUCGCUGUACAAGAAGCUCAAAAAAGCGAAAGCAUUGGAAGAAUUGGAGCGAGCAAUUUCACACGAAGAUCGUUUAUCCGAUUGUAUCGUUAUUCAAUCAACGUUGGACGGGAAAGCGACGAGCACAAAGAAGGCUUAUCCACACGUGUUGUACAGUCGAAUGUGGAGAUUCCCAUGGGUUCGCUCGCAUAACGAACUCAAAACAAUACCAAAUUGUCGCUAUCCGUACGCAAAAAAGAUGGCACAGGUGUGUAUCAAUCCGUAUCACUAUGAAGCCUACGCGCCGCCGCCAACAUUACCACCGAUUUUCGUGCCUCGUUCUCGAAACUACGGUGGCUUUAACCCGAUGCCCGCGCAAUACUAUGAAGAGAUUGUCCCAAACACCUCAUUUUCUGGCGAUGAGAUGAGGGGCGGUUUUCUGUCAGAAGCCUCUUCACCAAGCGGUUCCGAUCUCACAUCUCCAUCACAAGGUGGAUCUCCAUUCUUCACAUCGGUUCAAAUGACCUCACAUAGCCAGGACGCGCUGAGCCCACAAAGUUAUCUAUCUGAUGAUGCUCAUCAAGAGAUGAUGGAGGUCGAUGAUGAGAGUGGAGAGCAAAGAUCAUCACAGGCGAACACUCCGGAUAGUAUUGGUUCAAAUGAAUUGGUCGAGUAUUGGGAAUCGGAUUGUUGGAUGACAUUGACAUAUCAUGAAAUGGAUAAACGAGUCGGAGAGCCAUUCAACGCCGCGCAUCCAUAUUUGCUCGUUGACGGCUUUUCGGCUCCUCACGAUACAGAAAGAUUUUGUCUCGGCUACUUAAACAACGUGAAUCGAUUACCGACAGUGGCUGAUGCAAGACGGCAUAUUGGACGUGGACUUCGCUUCUACUAUAUUGGUGGAGAGGUUUACAUUGAAUGUCUCUCCGAGGCGGCCGUUUUUGUGCAAAGUCCGAAUUGCAAUCAACGCCAUGGCUGGCAUCCGAGCACUGUUUGUAAGGUGCCGCCACAUUGCAACUUGAAAAUUUUCAACAACGCCGAGUUCGCGCAAAUGUUGUCAGCGUCGGUGAAAAAGGGCUUUGAGGCGGUCUACGCGUUGACGAGGAUGUGCACGAUUCGGAUUUCUUUCGUUAAAGGAUGGGGAGCCGAGUAUAGGAGACAGACGGUGAUGCAUACACCGUGUUGGAUAGAGGCUCACCUAAACGGUCCCCUGCAAUGGAUCGAUCGAGUGUUGAUCUCGAUGGGCGCCCCAUCGACAAUUCAUUCGUCUUAUACU